ACAUGUAUCUGUAAUAGUUUUCCAUCCAAAUUCUAUAUUUAAACCAUACAGAUUUUCUGAAAUAAAAAUAAGGCAAGGCUAUCUUAUCUUAUAUCUGAAAGCGAACAGAUGCUCCGGCUAGUAAGGUCAACUGGGCUGCGCCAAACGGACGCACGCAACGCAAGCGAAAGCCAAGCGCGCCCGACCGUGGAUCGUCACGUCAGUCGUCACCCACGGCCGCGGUCCGCUUCCUCGUUGAUGCAUGUCGUCGCGAUAACUUUCGGAUUUUGCUCCUCCAGGGCAACACCGGCAGGCGAUGGGAGGUGCUUUCCGCUCGGCGGCCUGCCGGUAGUUGGGAGGCGAGCAACGGCGCAAGAGCCUGGCAGGGAUCCAGCUCUCGAUCGUCAGCGGGCCUGGGCUGCGUGUGCCCAAGCAGUAGCGGCCCACUGGCCUUGUAGCAGACACUCAACCCGGCAUGGCUGCUAUAAAUAGUGAGGAUACCAUGGCAUGAGACUCGUCACCACAAGUUUACAACACACACGUGAGAGUGUGUGUGUGUGAAGACUGAAGAGUGAGGAAGAAGAUGGGCCGCAAGGCGAAGCGAUGUAGUGCUAGUGCUGGGAAGAAGGACGACGGCCGUGAAGAGAAGGUUGCCGCCGCGCCGGCGGCCGAGGGCGCGUCGUCGUCGUCGUCGGACGGGGAAGGAGCAGGCACCGCGGCCACCGGGCUGCCGAUGGCCAACCUCGUCCGCCUCAUGCGGCAGGUGAUCCCCAAGGGGGUCAAGAUCUCAUCGCGCGCCAAGGACCUCACGCACGACUGCGCCGUCGAGUUCGUCGGCUUCCUCGCCGGCGAGGCGUCCGAGCUGGCCAGGGCGCAGCACCGCCGCACCAUCUCGCCCGAGGACUUCACGCGCUCGCUCCAGGCGCUCGGCUUCGACGACUACGUCAGGCCCAUGAGCACCUACAUCAGCCGCUACCGCGAGCAGGCCACCAGCCCCGCCGGCUACAGCGGCGGGUUCGCGCGGCGCCCUCCUCCCCGUGCGACGGCGGCGCCGUGCGUUUCCGAUGAGGAAACGCGGAGUCGUGUUCCCCCACACGGAGAGCACGGUGAUGGCUGGCGCACGUCGGUGAACACGCCCGCGCCGGGCGGGCACGGCUAUGAUUACACUUCGCCUGAUAACAUGUGACAUUCGAUCAUCAUGCAUGGCUACUGGCUACCUCCGUGUACUCAUAUAUGCUGUGAUACAGAAGGCACCGCAAUAGUGUGUGAAGCAUGAUGCUUCUAUUACAGCGGAUGGGCGCGUGGGAAAUGGGCCUAAUUGUCUCUAA